UCUGUCUUGAAGUAUCAUUCACGGUCUCGGACUCUAUAUAUCUUGAUAACCGUACAAUCCACAAUGAAGAUCGCUGCCGUUCUUACCCUGGCCAUUGCCACUGUUCUCGCACUGCCCGAAUUGCUAGCCGAUGACUCCGCUGCGUUGGAGAAACGCUGUGGCACCGCCAAGCGCGACGAAAUCAACGUCGCAGUUCGGUCCGCCGUGAACACUGUCAAGCACAAGCGAGAGCUCACGGAGAUCGAUGUGGAUGAGAUUUCCGCCGCCCUCUACUCGUCUUGGUGCACUCCAUGAGUGCUCAAUCUAGUCACCAUUGACUGGGCUGCCUUGCAGAUGUUUGCGGAAGAAGGAUUGGGGAGCCUAUGGUCACGGACCUCAUGAUUUGAACAAGAGAUUAAGUGGGGAUCUGGAGUGGAAGGGGGUCGGAACAUUGGGAAUCCGGAUGCGCCUGUUACCUACCAUCUUUGCGAGGCGAUUAGAAGCUGCAGGCAUCAAUAUAACAGGGUGGUAGUUGAA